CAAAACAUGAAAAGGUUGUAAGUCACAAACAACAAACAACGAAAGGUCACGUUUCUAUCCUCGUUUUUCUGAGGCAAGCAAACUACGUUAGUGAGCUUUCAUAAGCAAAGACAAUCCAACAAGGGUAUCUGAUCUGAUACAUAUACUAGUGCCAAAAUCCAUCUUCACCCACAAAACAAACAAAACUAAAGCUUCAAACUUUGCUACUAAUUCAGCCGCCCACUUGCCGGAAGUCUCAUUUUCCGGCCAAUAAUGGCGGUGGAGAGUGUCAAAACGGGUUCUGAUGGGAAAGUUUGGAGCUUUUGUAGUAUGCCAUUUUGGCAAACAACUCAUCCUUCUUCAUCUUCUUCAACUUCCUCUAUGCAUAACAGUGUUCACCAUCAGAGCCAGAUUCUUCAAUCUCUUGAUAGAUCCACUUAUCAACCUUCCACUACUGUUUCUUCUGUGGCUAAGUCUUUGCUCCCAACAAGGAGAAGACUCCGUCUUGAUCCUCCCAACAAGCUCUACUUUCCUUAUGAACCUGGUAAGCAAGUUAGGAGCGCCAUCGCAAUUAAAAACACAUGCAAGUCUCAUGUAGCUUUCAAGUUUCAAACAACUGCACCCAAGAGUUGUUAUAUGCGCCCUCCAGGUGGUAUACUUGCACCUGGUGAAAGUAUAAUUGCAACUGUGUUUAAGUUUGUGGAGCCACCAGAGAACAAUGAGAAACCAAUUGAUCAGAAAAGCAGGGUUAAGUUCAAAAUCAUGAGCUUAAAAGUGAAAGGCGAAAUGGACUAUGUACCAGAACUGUUUGAUGAGCAAAGGGAUCAUGUUGCAGUGGAGCAAAUUUUGCGUGUCAUUUUUCUGGACCCUGAACGCCCUAGCCCUGCUUUGGAUAAGCUUAAACGGCAGUUAGCUGAGGCAGAGGCUGCAUUGGAAGCAAGAAAGAAGCCCCAAGAGGAGACAGGUCCUCGAGUUGCUGGAGAAGGACUUGUUAUAGAUGAAUGGAAAGAAAGAAGAGAAAGAUACCUGGCCAGGCAGCAGGUUGAAGUGGUAGAUUCAGUGUAAAAUAUUUCUUUUCUUUGGUUUUCUUUUUUUAGUUUUCCUUAAUUUUCUCCAAUUUGUAAUAUCAAAAGUUGAACUCCUUAGUCACUUAUGUGUCAAACGUGGUUGAGUUACACUUAGUAGAUGUGAAAACAUUUCUUUGUUUUAUUUAGGUAGCAUGUUUGUGGUGUAGAUUCGAUUGAACCAGUGAUUGUGAUGCUUAAUUGUAUUGCUGCAUUAGCUCUUAUAAUUUGUAGAUAGAUAUCUACAAAUAAAAUGGAUCUUAGCAUCAUUGAUGUUUCA